AGCAUCCCUGUCUCUCUUCUCCUCUCUCUCCUCACAUCCAUCUCCAACCCUUGAAAUCCUCAAAUCUCCACCACAAAAAUCUCCCCAAAUCAAAUCUCAAUCCACCCCCUCUGAUCAAAUCAAACCCUUCAUCUUCAUCCCCCUCCCAAACUCCCUCAAAACCCACCAUUUGGCUCAACCCCAUCACACCAAAUGGACCCCAACCCCAACACUGCCACCGCCGCCGCCGCCCCCACCCAGCAGCAACCGCAAGCCCAAUCCUCCCCCUACCCAGCAACCCAAUCCUCCGUCCCCGCCCCCCCAUUCCACCACCUCCUCCAGCAGCAGCAGCAGCAGCUCCAGAUGUUCUGGACCUUCCAGCGCCAGGAGAUUGAGAGCGUCAACGACUUCAAGAACCACCAGCUCCCCCUCGCCCGCAUCAAGAAGAUCAUGAAGGCCGACGAGGACGUCCGUAUGAUCUCCGCCGAGGCCCCCGUACUCUUCGCCAAGGCCUGCGAGCUCUUCAUCCUCGAGCUCACCAUCCGCUCCUGGCUCCACGCCGAGGAGAACAAGCGCCGGACUCUCCAGAAAAACGACAUUGCCGCCGCCAUUACCCGCACCGACAUAUUCGAUUUCUUGGUGGAUAUUGUGCCCCGCGACGAGAUCAAGGAGGAGGCGGUGGGUCUCGGAGGUAUGGUUGGGGCGACGGCGAGUGGGGUGCCGUAUUUCUAUCCGCCGAUGGGUCAGCCGGCUGGUGCCGCCGGGGGGAUGAUGAUUGGGAGGCCUGCGGUGGACCCCACUGGGGUUUACGGCGUGCAGCCUCCGUCGCAGGCGUGGCAGUCUGUGUGGCAGACUGCGGCGGAUGAUGGGUCGUACGGGAGUGGAGGGAGCAGUGGGCAGGGCAACCUUGAUGGUCAAAGUUGAAGAGACUAAUUUGCUGAUGGUUUGGUGCGUGGCGGGCACGGCGGAAGGAUACUGAGCUUUGGCAGAGGAUUUUGAUUUUGGAACUGCUGAAUUAAUAUUAUUAUUUUUUUCUUAUGAGGAUGACUUAGACCUGGUAAAACUAUUGAUCCAGAGCAGUUGGAAAAUCACUAGCUGAUCAUUGCUGUGUUUAAUAUUGAAUGUGCAGUCUUGUAUAAUUUAGGCUAUUUUAUCUCAUGUUGCUAACUCGAAUGAUUGUGGGUCAUUUCAUAUUAAUCAAACCUCUUAGAUUUUAGCA